CUCCACCUACCUAGUCGUGCUCACUCCUUUAUUGUAACUACUGUGUUCACCCCUGUCUGUCGUUCAUCACGCAACCUUUCUCUAAUUAUAUUAUGAUUUGACGUUCGAGCGCUCAUUAUGUCUCCAUACUUUGGACUCCUUAGAGUCCUUCCCUUCCUCCUCACAGCCUUUGCGUCUUUAGCUUUAUCUGAGCAUACAUCGAACUGGGCCGUCUUAGUUUCGACUUCGCGCUUUUGGUUCAAUUACCGCCACCUCGCAAAUGUCCUCUCGCUGUAUCGUACCGUCAAGCGCCUCGGAAUCCCCGAUUCGCAGAUUAUCCUGAUGCUUCCCGACGAUAUGGCCUGCAACCCUCGCAAUGUGUUCCCGGGAACAGUCUACAGCAAUGCGGAUCGCGCAGUCGACCUUUAUGGAGACAACAUUGAGGUGGAUUACCGGGGCUACGAGGUCACCGUGGAAAAUUUCAUCCGCCUGUUGACCGAUAGGCUAGACGAAGAUGUACCACGGAGCAAACGCCUUGGCUCUGACGCGGGAAGCAAUGUACUUGUGUAUAUGACAGGACAUGGAGGAGAUCAGUUUCUCAAGUUUCAGGACUCCGAGGAGAUUGGCGCUUGGGACUUGGCGGAUGCCUUCGGUCAGAUGUGGGAGAAGAAGCGUUAUCACGAGCUAUUGUUCAUGAUCGAUACCUGUCAGGCCAACACGAUGUAUACGCAUUUCUAUUCGCCCAAUAUUAUUGCCACCGGGUCCAGCGAGCUUGAUCAGUCUUCAUACUCUCAUCAUGCCGACAACGAUGUUGGAGUUGCAGUGAUUGACCGCUGGACGUACUACGUCCUCGAGUUUCUUGAAACCCAGGUCACAAGUGCGAACUCUAAACUGACAUUGGGCGACUUGUUCGAUUCGUACGACGAAACCAAGAUCCACUCACAACCAGGCGUACGAUGGGAUCUGUUCCCUGGUGCCGAGCAGGAGGGCCGCCUCCGAACGGUGGUGGACUUCUUCGGAAACGUCCAGAACAUUGAGGUUGAGAAUACCACUGCGACAGACCCGGGAUCCCUAAAAGAAGAUCUCAUUGAGAUUGCGCGACUGGUUGAGAAAUGGCGCGCACGCGACCGAGACUACUUGGUCAAUCAAAACGACUCGUCGCUUCGCGCAGGUAACGACAACUCUGGACCACAAGUUUCUUCAUCACAUCAUUCGUCGCAGAAGAACUUUGAGCCUGCCAAAAUGUCCCAGGAAGCUCCUUGGGAGAAACGAUUAGUCGGAGCAUCUGUCUUGGGGGUCUGCGCUGCUGUCUGGCUGACUGGAUCGAUCCUAGGCAGGCCCUCGGUUUGAUCAUGGUUUGAAUUUCAACUUAACUAUAUAUUUCAUGUCUCUAUAGGUUCAUUCUUUUGCUCAUCCAUGACAUUCGGUUGUGCUUUCCUAUACUACCAGCGUACAGUGUGACUACAGCUUGUGGUCUUGCAUUAUGUGAUACCUAGUUUCAGGAGUACUGACAGGCGUUGUUGGAUUAUUUGAUCUUUUUUAUCUCUUCUUUCUUCUCCCUCACUCUUAGUGUAUGCCCUUUUCGCACAUAAUGGACAUACUGCAGCUAGAUAUCUUGCAUCGACGGCAUUACAAACGCUCUUCAUGCUCAAAUCUAGUUGAAGAGCACGAGUCAUCUACCUCCGAGCUACUCCGUACUCUGCAUGUAUCUCAAGAAAACAAAGAAGCGGAGAAUAACCUUGUGCGUUAGUCAUUGUGAUACUGAGACAGCUAAGACAGUUUCUAUAUGACCUGUGGAGAUUCAUGAUUUAUUAACUGACUAUUAUGAAUAUGAUUUUUGACUAUUCUUCCUUCCCUUGCUUAUUCUCUGACUAGUAAUUUUAUGCGGGCCAUGAAGGAUGUUUUUAUGCCAGGAAAUUAAAUUUAUUGAACCAAAAAGCGGGCUUGGCGGCAAUCUCCGCACGUGUGGCGUCCCGGACGCGUCUGGACAUUCGCGACGAAGUGCUUUUGUUACCCCAAGAGACUCGCCAACACUCGGGAAUGGAGCCAACC